AUGUGAUGGGAAGCUACUGUCAGUGUUUGUGGAUUUGGCUCUGAUAUGGUUUCAAUUGAAGUUGAGAAUUUCAGAAAAUAUACUACUAGCCAUUUUUCUUCUUUUGCAAUAACAGCAAUUCAAGGAAUGCAGAAUGGAGUUUAUUUCCCAAGAUUCUAUGGCAAGAAUGUCGUCUACUAUUCUCUUGGGUCCAGAUACACUCUCAUGGCACUUCCAAUUCCAACUCCAACUCCAGCAGAUACUAUUGCCCCAGGUCAGACCAUGAGAGACGGAGUAGUAACACUUGUUUCUGCAGGUGGGACUUAUGAAUUUGGAUUCUUCAGCCCAGGUAAUUCUAAAAGCCAGUGUUUAGGAAUUUGGUACAGGAAUAUAGCAACCAAGACAGUAGUUUGGGUAGUCAACAGAGAAGCUCCAAUUUCUGGUUCAUCAGGAGUUCCGAACAUGACUAGUCAAGGAACUCUUCUUCUUUCUGAUGGCACAAACAGCAUUUUUUGGUCAUCCAAUACAUCAAGAACUCCACAGAAUCCAAUGUCACAGCUCUUGGAUUCAGGAAAUCUAGUGGUCAAAGAUGGUGAUGAUGCCGCGGCAGGAAACAUUUUACGGCAGACUUUUGAUCAUCCAUCUGAUGCCUUACUACAUGGAAUGAAACUUGGAAGAAAGUUCAUCACUGGUCAAGAUAGGAUCCUAUCAUCUUGGAAGAGUGCCGAUAGUCCUGCUCGAGUGUUCUUCACCUAUGAGAUCCCAAGCAGUUCAAUUAUUUUCAGGGUAGUUGUGAACCAGUCAGGUUCACCUCUGCAACCCUGGGUUUGGACUGAUCAAACACAAUCUUGGUCUUUUCACUUCAAUGUGGUGCUGGAUAACUGUGACAACUAUGCUUUCCGUGGAGCAUAUGCUAAAUGCAACACCCUUCAAAGUUCAAAUUCCCCUAAGCAAAUGCUUUGAAUGAUUUUUACCCAAGUAUCCAAGAGAUUGGAGUUUAUAUGAUUUUUGGUCAAGGUUGUGUUAGAAGGAUUGAAUUAAACUGCACUGAAGAUGGUUUUCUGAAGCAUAGGGGUAUGAGGUUGCCAGAUACGUCCUACUCUUGGUUUGAUACAACCAUGAACCUUGAGGAAUGUAAGCAAAUGUAUUCCAAGAAUUGUUCUUACACAGCCUAUGCAAAUUCUGAUAUCAGAGGAAGGGGAAGUGGCUGCGUACUUUGGUUUGGUGAUCUUAUCCAUUCAAAAGGAUUCACCAAGGGUGGGCAAGACUUGUACAUAAGAGUGGAUGCUUCAGAACUAGGUAUCUUCCCUUUUCCUUGUUUGUUUAGUAAUUGUCCUUAAAAUUAAAGUAUACUAUAAGCAUUUCAAAAUGAUAUCAGUUAACAGCAGUUAUGCUUUUUUAAUUUGUAACUGGUUUUUUGUUUUCUGCAGUUAGUUCUAUAAGUUAGCUGCAUUAGGAGUAGUUAUUUUUAUCCUUUAUGAAAAAACUGUAAUGUAUAAGUUGCUGUGUAUGUCAGUUAUCUAUCUGAAAUGAAAUAGAGCUCCACAU